AGUGCUCUGUCAUGUCAUCUUUCCCACAAUACAAGCCAAGCCAAGCCAAGCCAAUCCACCGUUGUUGUUGUCACCGUCUCCACAAGAAAUGCCUCUAUUUUCUCUAGUUCAAUUCACUUGUUGCGUUCACCAAUCCACCACCACCACCCUUUUCAACUUCGAUUCUUCUUCAACCUCAACGAUCUUCCCCAGAACCCUUUUCCCUCCUUUCAGAACCACACCACCACCAACCUUUACCAGUAGUACAACUUCACUGCGCACAACACGCACCCGUGCCUCUUUGCUUGAAGCUCCUGUUCUCUGGGCUGGCAGGCUCUGCAUCUUCUAUGCUCUCCUCAAAGCUGGCUUGGCUGGAUCUCCAGCUAACCCACUUGUCUCAGAUUUGGAAGUUGGUGAUGGUGGCAUAGCUGAAUCUGCUGACUUGGGCUUCUCUAAAUGGACCCAGGCCAUACUAGGAAAACCAGCAAAGGAGGUAGCUAAUGGAGGUAAAUUUGUGAGCAAAUGGCAUCCUACAACAAAGGGUACACUUAGAAGGAACUACAGAGUCCGAUCCAAGUCUGAGGGGCGACGUCUUCUUAAAGCCAUUGCAUCUCUACUGUCAGAUGAUGACCACUUUGUUGAUGCUACCUCUCACAAGGGUUGCCAAAUCCGGAGGGAAAGUGCUCAUGGAGAAAGUGUGUGUUGCAAUAACGUGAGAGCUCUUUUCGAUGAGCUCCCAACUCCUCAUCUCACUGUGGAAAUCACACCUUUUCCUGCUGGACCUCUUACUGAUAAGGAUUACACUAAAGCUGAGAAGCUUGAGAGGGUUCUCAGAUCUAGUCCUUCUGUUUGAGCUGGCUAUGGUGUCUAAUGCUUUCAUGUACAUAUUUAUGCUAGAUUGUAAAUAUUGGCAUGAUGACAUGAGUUUGUAUUUCUUCAACUAACCUUUUUCAUUUGAGUUGAAUCAUAAUUUCACCUUUCAAA